AUUUUACAGAUCAAGAACCAAUAAGUAACAUCAACAUAACAUAAAUAAUGACAUGUAGCAUAGAUUUAAACCCUGGGUUAAACUAUCUUAAAGAAUACCUCGUCUAUGCAUGUGUGUGUGUGUAUUCAUAUCUAUUUAGAGCAUGCUUUAUGUAGAAUGCAUUUGUAAGUGUGAUGACUGUGUUUUUUUGUUUUCUUCUGUUGUCCUAACCAGACAGCUCUCUUACACCCUGACCGUACUCUUCAGUGUUAGCCGUGAUCGAGCGCCAUAGGAAAUCCAUCAGCAUGCGUCACCUCUGCUCCCUGUAACCUGGGACACACACCUCUCCCCCGCUGGGUUUUUCCCCUUUCACUUUUUUUUUUCCCCUGUCCAGCCACAUCCUGCAUCAUCAUGGAUCUUUUGGAGUUGUUGGGAGACAUGGGCAGCGGCUGCAAAGAUGAAAAUUGUAGCCUUGCAUCAGACUUCGCAGAAAACUGCUCGAACGAAGACUGCCAGUGGGAGGAAUCUGAUUUUGGGAUGAUCGAGUUAGUGUGUGUGACUGUCAUUUACAUUCUAUUGAUGCUCUUCGGCCUUCUGGGAAACAUACUAACCAUUCUGGUGGUUUGGCUCCGCCCUCACAUGAGAAGCUCUACCUACCUCUACCUGAGCAGCAUGGCUGUUAGUGAUCUGCUGAUACUGCUACUGCUGCCUCUGGAUCUAUAUAAGCUCUGGAGGCCCACAUCCUGGCCCUUGGGCGACCUCGUCUGUAAGCUGACGAUGUUCCUCUCCGAGUGCGUCACCUUCUGCACCAUCCUCCACAUCACCUUCCUCUCCCUGGAGAGGUACCUGGCGGUCUGCUGGCCAAUCGCCGCCAAGACCUUAUUAACACGGCGCAGAACCAGGGCUCUCAUUGGCUGCCUCUGGCUGGGGGCGGUCGUCAGCGCAGCGCCAGUGUUGGUCAUGGUUCGAGUGGAGGUAGUUGGGGGGGAGGAGCUAGGGCUGGGUGGGUGGAGGGAGGAUGGAGGAGGGUGGACAAGCAGGGAAGGAGAACAGGGAGGAUUCAUGAUGGAUGGGAGAGGAAGUGGACAUGCGGCCGCAGCAGAUGGAGGACUAGAGGGAAUAAAUUGGGAGGAAAAAGAGAACAAGUGUUUUGGAGAGAAAGAGGAGAGGAAGCUGGGAAUAGAAGGAAUAGACAAGAGAAAACACGGAGACGAGGGAGGAGGUGAGGAGGAAGAAGAAGAGGAAAUAGAAGUUGAUGGAGAGCAGCAAAAUAAAAUGAGAGAAGAUGAGGGAGGAGGAAGGGAGGACGGUGUUGAUGAAGGUCACGGCAGAGAGUUUGAAGCUAGAGAGUGCCGCUUUACGGACUACGCUUUCUCCUCUGGCCUCCUGUCAGCCAUGACGAUUGUCUCCAACCUGUACUUCCUGGUACCCUUCUGCAUCCUGGGCCUGGUCUACAGCCUGAUUGGACGGACACUGUGGCUUCGUCCAAAAAGCAGCCGCAGAGACCAGAGUCACCGGCACACUGUCAAAAUGUUGGGAGUGAUCGUCUUGGCCUUCGUCCUGUGCUGGCUUCCCUUCCACGUGGGCCGGACGAUUUUCUUUUUUACCCACGAUGCUUCGUUUUUAUACUCUCUGUCCCAGUACGUCAACCUGGUGUCCUCUGUCCUCUUCUACCUCAGCGCCGCGAUCAAUCCCUUGCUGUACAACCUGAUGUCGGCCAGAUAUAGACACGCUGUGCACAGCCUCCUACGCACACAGUCGCACACACAGUCUCAUCGCCUGCGCACGCUUACGGCACACCAGUCCACGACCACUCUGUCGGGGCAGACGUGGCACACCUGAAUGGACGCACACGCUGCAGGCAGGAAACAAACGGACAAGCAAACACAAAUGUGGCCACUGUUUAAAUCUUAAUUGGUUAUGGUAAACCAUGUACAGUGUCUAUUAUGAGUCUGAUGAAUUGGUUCAUUUUUGUGUUAUUUUUGUGUGUUAAAUCACUAAGCUGCUUGGCUGCUGUUUCACAGACAUCACUGAUGUCAACAGCAUCAGAAAAUACGAUUAGAUAUUGUUGCUCAAUUUAUUUACAAGACCGCUGCACCCACAACACUCACUAAAGGU